GUGCCUUAGACACGGGCGCCAGGCCUGGCUCCCUCAUAGAAUGGGCUGAGGCCUCCCCGUGUCUGUGUGUCUGCUGGGAGUGGGGCCCUUACUCAGGGCUCUUGUGGGGGUGUCGCUGUCAGAUCCCUGCCCCCGCCUGGCCCUUACCAGCCCCCCACCCCCUACAGGUGAAGAACCGCCCAGUGAGCAUCAGCUGGCAGGGCUGUGACUCCUCCAAGCUCUACACUCUGGUCCUCACCGAUCCCGAUGCUCCUAGCAGGAAGGACCCCAAAUUCCGGGAGUGGCACCACUUCCUGGUUGUCAACAUGAAAGGCAGCGACAUCAGCAGCGGCACCGUCCUGUCCGACUAUGUGGGCUCCGGGCCCCCGAAGGGCACAGGUGAGCCCCGAACACCGGCCGUUGUGCAUUGCGGGCAGUUUCUGGGCAAGCUGGGGGG